GAUGAUCAUUGAUGAUUGAUCGUCGUGUCAGUUCUGGUUCGGGCAUAAUUUUUGUGUAUUUUGUUCUAAAACACUAUGGUAACGAAAACUACUUGAAAUAUCAUGCUAGGUAGUAGACAAGUUUAAAUCGCGCCCUCCCUGUGCUGAACGUUUUGUACUGGUAGCUACAGUUUAACUAGUAUCACAGCUUGCGUUGUGUACGUGAAGAGCGAUAAUUUAAUGCCGAAGACAAAGAAAAAGUCGAAGAAGCAUAAUGAGCGGAGGAGGUCAUCGCCACCCUCCCCUGAGGACAGCGACACGGAGUACAUUAAGAAGCCCAAGGUCUGCGAGGGGAAACAGGCUGGGACAUAUCAUCAGCACAGGUCUGGUCAUGACAAAGAUAAGAGAAAGAGGCCAAAAGACAAGGCCACCAUUCUGGAUAAAAGCUCCUGUAACCACAGCCCAAGGAAAGAAAGGGAGUAUAAAAAGGCUGUGUACAGACUGGGGACAGCUUCAAAAUUGCACACGGAAAGAAAUGCAGCUCUAGAAGCUGGAAAGAGACAUUCUGCAGCUGUUGGUGAGAACACAGGGAACAAUGCAAGCAAAAUGUUCUGCAUCUCGGAAGAGAGGUUUCACAAGUCAGGUUUGGGAAGACCGCUUGUUCGAAAUGUUCUGUCUAAGGAGCUGAAACAGAAGACAACGAAUCUUGAGCAGAGACAGGCUGCAGAGGAAUCUAACAAUCAGUAUUCCCCCUGCCAGUAUCCACAAAAGAACAUUAAAUACCAAGAAGAGCGACAGUAUCUCUCUGAGAAACUGAAGCUUGAAAGGUUGGAGCUUGUGAAAAGAAGGUCUAGGGCAGUAGGUGCUUCAGAAGUAGAAAGAAAUAGCCACCACUCUCAGGGAGUAAAAUACAGUGAUGUUUUGGAGGGUACCCACAAAAAAUCACAUUUUUUUGUAAAAACUGCUACCUCUCAAACAAAUUUGAAUGUGUCCAAGCUGGUUACACAAAGGAAGGAUGAGCUUGCUGAAAAAUCAAAGCUUUCUGAAAGCUGUCAAAGAGAGAAGGCAGGCUGUAAACCUACUAAGCUUUUUACCCUAAGCGUCCGAAAGGAGACCAGUGUAGCGCAAGACAGAAGCAUAAUAUGUCAGCAGCCUUUUUCUGUAAAUAGCAAAGAUCAUCAGAAAGCCUCUGCAUCAAGACAUCUGCAUGAUAAAGUUGCCGACAGGUCCAUCAGCAAAGGAAGCAUGGCCUCAAAGUAUCCAUUUUCAGACAGGAGGUCCUAUACAAAAGUAAACAAACGUAAUGACGAAACCGUUUCCACCAUAUCACGCACUGCAGAAGUAACUUCAAGUGAAUGGUUAACGAAUACUGUAAAGGCUUUUCCAAAUACAGAAGAAGUCACAAAAGUGUUUCAAAAUGUUGCCGGAUCAUCAGAUUCGUGCAUCUUUACAGAUGUUUCUGUGACCACAGGACCCUGUGACAGUGAACAGGAGAUGCUGCUAGUGGAAGAGUUACACCAAGCUCGGUCUGAGAAGCGGCUAGAGGUCAGUGUGGUGAAAAGCUACGGAGAGCUAACCUGCAUGGAGAUUGAUCCUCUCGAGGAGGCCACCACCACGUCCCUCAAUAAAGAUCACAUUCACCAAGACAUUCUCAUUGUCCUUGACACCAACAUCCUCCUGAGUCACCUCGACUUUGUCAAGAAAAUGAAGUCGCACGGCCUUGGAGCUCUGGGUUUCCCCAACAUCCUCAUCCCAUGGGUGGUUCUACAGGAGCUGGAUGCACUGAAGAAUGGGAAGCUGUCAGGGAGUGCAGCGCACAAAGCAGCACCAGCAGUGCAUUACAUCUACACGUGCCUCAAGAGCCAGGAACCACGGCUUUGGGGCCAAUCCAUGCAGCAGGCUGCACAAGCAGUCUAUGGGCUCAAUGCGGAGAAUAAUGAUGACCGGGUGCUGCAGUGCUGCCUGCAGUACCAGGCUCUCUACCCAGGGGGCUCUCUUGUACUUUGCACCAAUGACAAGAACUUAUGCAGUAAAGCCAUUCUGUGUGGAGUGAAAGCACUGAGCAAGGCUGACCUGGUGUCAAAGGUGGAGCAGCUGAAGGGCGAGAACUGGCCGCACCCGUGCCACACUCCGUCUGUUGCCAGGCCUGCGCAAACUGUUGAGGACAGUGGGAAGCAGGCAGAGGCUGAAGCCCAAGAGGUCAGCACCUGUGUGUGUGUGCUGGAGGACACCCUGCAGGGUGCACUGUCUCAGGUGCUCACAGCAGAGAUGCAGGCUGCUUAUGGGGAGCUGUGGCAGGAGAUUGUGUUUCUGAAACCGCCUUGGACACUGAGUGAUCUCCUGCAGUGCUUCAGGAAACACUGGAUUGCUGUGUUUGGAAACGUUUUUCAGAGGAACCUGCUGAAGACUGUUGAAUCCCUCAGUGACGCUCUCUGCAAAGGUAAGACAGUGGAUAAGUGCUCUCUCUGGCUGGCGGUGCAGCAGGCACAGGAGUUGCUGCGGGCAUUUGGCUGCCGGUCAGAUUACAGUGGCCACCUGCCCCGGGCUUUGUCAGCCCUUGAACCCCUGCCUCAGAGACUCUGCCAGCCCAACAGAGGAACACAGACCCCUGGUGUCUGUACCAUUUCUGCCGACGAUGGGGACACCCUUAUGGCUGAGGAUGGCUUGCCAGCAGUCCAGUCCUCAUAUGAGGAGGUGUGGGCUGUGUUUGAAGACAUUUGGAAAGAAGUGUGUCAGAUCAGCUCUGCAGUGUUUUCAGCUAUUGGAUUCGUCUGCGGCUCCUUGCAGACCAACAGGCCCGAGAGUGAGAAGGGCUUUCCUGAAGGUGCUGUCGUCUGCUUGCACAAGCUCAUCACCACUAUCCAACAGCUGCUCCACAUCUUUGAGAGGGUGCUUUCAUCAAAUUGCUGCUAUGAAGAUGUGGAGUCUUUGUUUGCCUUCCUCAGCACUAGUGAGAUUGUAGCCUUGAAACCAAGAUUCACAGCGAAAGACUUGUUUGAGUGCCUUUCUCAACAGGAGUACAGGGAGAAGCUGCACGUGGGUGGGAGGCAGCUGGCAGACUUGGGCCAGCAACUGGAGCGCUGUGCCUCCAAUGUGAAUCAUACAACAGUGAGCAGUUCGUGGACCUGACAGCGGUCAGCACGGGAACCACGGGUCUGCUGGACUCACUCUCGUUGUCCUAGUUCAUUUUCGGUCACACCUCACAGUUUAUAUUAGUCACGAUUAGUCAGUUCCCACCUUUGUCCAAGCUUUCUGAGACUAAGUUAUGUGUAUUGUCAUAUUGGCCUGUUUUUCUUUAUACCUUUUUUAUACAAGUUAUGUUAUGUACAUUUUUGUACAUUUUCUCUAAUAGCAACAAGUUCAGCACAUUUGUAGCUAAUGGAGAAUACAGGCCAUUUCAGAAUCCUUAUUCAUAGAGAAUUUGGUGAGUACUAUUAAUGAUUUAAUACAUGUAUAUUUAUUUUGCAUAUUUUUAUAUAUAUACAGUAUGUGUAUAAUUUUUAUUUUGUACUGGUGUGUUCAAACAUUGUUUUAUUUUUGUGAAUGCAUUUCUUUGAGACAAAUGCUAGUAUGUAGGGGACCACUGUAUUAUAUCAUUUUGGAGCUUUUGUUUAACAUAUUGUUUUCAAAAACAAAACAAUUAAAACUGAUGUACUGUAAUUGUAAGUCUGGGUAAAAACCUCUUUACUGGUUUUAAGAGAAGUAUUUGCUGUUUCAAGUGCUUUCUGUGGCCAACAGUUCCAUUUCAGAUGCUUUUUGCCUCACUUAAGCCAAACUACGCAUCUUCAGUUUUCAUCUAAAGGCUAGACCUUUCUUAGGUAUUGUACUCAGUUUAAUAGUCAUACCCUGUGCUGUUCUUUCAGCUGAAUUAUUUACUAUUUAGUUUAUUUUACUGUAGUAUGUAGAAACUAUACAUUUAGUUGUUGUACUUAGUUAAUAAUAAUAUGCCACUAAAUUCAUUACCUGUAAUCACUUUUCAACACUCUUUGCAAAAUGGUAGCAUUCCAAAUGCUGUGAUUCAGCUGAUGGAAUUUUUUUUUUUUUUUUUUUUUUUUAAAAAACGUGUUUAUGCU